AAUUUGAAUCCACAUUCCGCGGUCAGAUAGACGUCGAUGAAACAUAAAUUCAACCCUUUGGAUGACGGUUCAGGUGUCGCAAAAUGACAGAUGUGAUGUGAUGUGAUGUCCAGUCCGUGUCACAGACAUUGGAAACGCUCUGCCCAAACGCUCAUUUGCUGUUCCAGAACAAGGAUGCCCGCUAGGGAAAUCAGGCGGCCUUGUGCUACUUUUAUUGGACACAAAUCAAUGUAGUAAUUUUGUGGUACCUUGGUUCUCGAAACUAACUCCACGGCGGACCGGCAUCAACGUUAUCUCAACCACCAUCUCAUGCCAGAAUUUCUUAUGCAAGAGCAGGUCGAGAAGUUUCGGCGUGACGGCUAUCUAGUCGUUCCUGGAUUCCUAGCAAGUGAUGAAACUAGAGCUCUCCUAGCUAGAUGUAAGAAAUAUCUGGAUGACUUCUCCAUCGAAGACCAUCCAAUGACUAAAUUCACGACUGGAGACCACGACCACGUCGGUGAUGAUUACUUCCUAGACUCUGGUGACAAGAUACGAUAUUUCCUGGAGGAAGAUGCUGUUGAUAAGGACGGCAAGCUCAACAGGGAUAAGACGAGAGCCGUGAAUAAGAUAGGUCAUGGUCUACAUGAACUGGACCCACUGUUCCGCCAAGUGACACUGGAAAACGACAAUGUCAAGGCCGUUAUUCGUGAUUUGAAAUGCCAUCGUGAUCCUGUUGCACUUCAGUCCAUGGUCAUCAUGAAGCAGCCUGAAAUCGGUGGAGAAGUCGGGGAACAUAAUGAUUCGACGUUCUUGUACACGAACCCGCCUUCUGCCCUGGGCUUUUGGAUUGCGUUGGAGAAAUGUACACUGCAUAAUGGCGCCUUGUCAUUCUUACCUGGUUCGCACCUUACCGCGCCCAUAACCAAACGUUUCGUACGGUUGCCACAAGGAGGGACCGGCUUCGAAGCCCUUCCUGUCAGUGCAGACUCCAUGACUCCACCAAAGGGCGAAUAUGUCCUCGAGACAUGUGAACCAGGCGACCUUGUGCUCAUUCACGGCUCCGUUCUCCACAAGUCGGAACGCAACGUCAGUCUGAACACACGGUUUGCGUAUACGUUUCAUGUGAUAGAAUCUCCUCCAUAUGCUGAGUAUGAUUCGAAGAACUGGCUUCAGCCCACUGACGCGAUGCCCUUCUCUCAUCUUUUGGAUAGAACGUCGUGUAUGUAUCAUUAAAUAAAUAAAGCCAACAAGAAAAGAUUACCUCUAAUUGAAAUCUUGACUUU